AUGGAUGCCACGAAGGAAACCGUUCCGCCGGAAAAUACUACGACAGACCUCAUAGACCUUGGAGAGGAGGAGGCAAAGAAUGUCCUUCCACACGACACACCACAAGAAAUAUCUUUAGGAAAAGAGAAGCAGCCCGAGGCAGAUACGGCAGAAAGAAUUCAACAGCUCGGUCUUGAAGACAAGCCAGCCAAUUCCAACCCUGCCUCAACUUCAAAGGGCCUGUCUUUCAUCCCACUUCCGCCAGUAUCCCCGGCCACCGAUGAGAAGCCUUACCGAGAUCCCACUCCCAAAACGCCAAUCGUGUCCAGACACCCAUCGGUAAGAGGCACGGCGGUAGAAUACAACGAGAAAGAGAUCACAUAUGGGGAUGACAGUGAAGAUGCAUCGUUGGACGUUCAAGAUCCAAAGGUGAGCGGUGCGAAUGACAUCGAAUCCAGGACAGAGAUCGAAAGCAUCAUGGGCCAAUUUGAAGAUGCGUCGGUUGCGCCGUCGAGAGAAGAAAUCAUGUCUCCAAGGCAUGAGAUAGCAGGCCCGCUGCUCGGAUCAAGCGGUACUUUUCCUCCACGAAGAUCGAGCCUGGAACAUUUGCGCUCCAGGGAUCUAGAUACCAUGGCAGGUUCACCAGUGGUGACUCAGACUGAGAAGCCGCUGCCUUCACCGCCCUCCGGUGCAGUCCCGGAUGAUUCUGGUGGGAUGCGAAGCCCGUCGUUGAAAGGUCCAGCUGUAGCGUCGACAGCCUCCCUUCUCGCGCAGCCUCCUCCGCCAGAGCCGGAACCGGAAUUGCCGUUUGAUUUUCAUCGUUUCCUGGAACAGCUUCGACACAAGUCAGCGGAUCCCGUCGCCAAAUUUCUACGUUCGUUUCUGACCGAGUUCGGAAAGAAGCAAUGGAUGGUACAUGAACAAGUCAAGAUUAUAGGCGACUUCCUCGCCUUCAUCACAAAUAAAAUGGCUCUUUGUGAUGUCUGGCGUGACGUUUCGGAAAACGAAUUCGACAAUGCCAAGGAAGGGAUGGAAAAGCUUGUGAUGAACAGGUUAUAUUCGCAGACGUUUUCACCUGCGAUCCCACCACCUCCCGCGCAACCUGCUCGAUCACGAUCGAGGGGGCGGCGAAGAGAGUUGGACAAGAAUAACCUGCCUGGGAGGCGAGGCCAGCAUCAAGAAGAUGUCGAACGGGACGAGAUUCUGGCUCAAAAGAUUCGAAUCUACAGCUGGGUUCGAGAAGAGCAUCUUGAUCUCGAGCCGGUGGGGCCGAAUGGUGAGAGGUUUCUCAAACUCGCACAACAAGAGCUGUUGAAGAUCAAGGGUUAUCGUGCCCCUCGAGACAAAGUCAUCUGUGUUCUGAAUUGUUGCAAGGUCAUCUUCGGCUUGUUGAAGAACUCAAAAAGCUCCGAUACCUCAGCCGAUGCGUUUGUGCCGCUGCUUAUCUACGUCGUCCUCCAAGCCAAUCCGGAGCACUUGGUGUCCAACGUGCAGUACAUUCUACGAUUCAGAAACCAGGAUAAACUUGGGGGUGAGGCAGGCUACUAUUUGUCUUCCCUAUCAGGAGCAAUCCAGUUCAUUGAGAACCUGGAUCGUACUAGCUUGACAGUGAGCGACGAAGACUUUGAACGAAAUGUCGAGAUUGCAGUGUCCCAAAUCGCCGCUCAAAACCGCGAGGCCGAAGCUGUCAGCCCACGCGGAGCGUUGCGGGAGAAAUCGAGUAUCGCGGAACCGGAGCUCACACCAAGGAACUCUGUCGAUGUGGUAUCUACAAGCCCCACACGAAGGGAACCGAGUCGCCUCAACUCCAGCUCUGAAGGUGGCUCGGACGACAGCGUUGCAGGUCUGUUGCGUACCAUUCAACGACCUCUGUCGUCUAUUGGAAAGAUUUUCUCCGAUCAAGAGACAUCCCUGGAACGCAGAGUCACCCCGACUUCGACGCCUCAGAAUCCUGCACGGCUGAGUCCGUCGGUGUUUCAACCUCCACGAGAAGGCAUGGUCUCCACUUACGAUGCCCAAGAAGCGGCCGCAAGACAAGCCAGUGCAGAAGCUGCAGAAGCUCGACGAAUUCAGCUGGCCGAGCACAGGACCGUGGUCGAGACCCUGUGCGGCAUGUUCCCCAACCUCGACAAGGAGGUAAUUGACGAUGUGGUGCGGCAGAAGGAGGGAAGAGUUGGCCUGGCUGUGGAUGCAUGUCUGGCUUUGACUGCUGGAGGUUGA